AUGGACACCAGCGACCAACCUUCAGCGCCGGGGCAAAUAAGUUCAACAGCUAUUCCAAUUGCGCGGCUUUCCCCUGAUGAUGAUCGCCUUCAGCAUAGCUCUAUCCGUGCUGUCGUAACGCUUCUAUGGCCCUACUCGUCGUUUACCAAGUCCCUUACUCUUCUCCUAGCGGAGCCCGAUUUUCGCCUUCGUCGAUCGAACGGACAAGUAAAAGUAUUUUUCCACGGAGAUGUUGCGGAGGAGGUCGCUCGAACUCAUAUUGGUAUUGGUGAUACCGUAAAUCUGAACCUCGCUGGGUCAAGGUUGGCGAAGAAUGAUGUGGUGGCCCAAACACCUGGUAAAGGCGUUUCAUGGGAUGUGCACUUCGAUGCCUCCGCAUUUCUUGAGGUCUGGCGCGACUCCAAGCUCCUUUCAACUGUAAACCUCAAUCGCGCCCGGCCUACACCUCCGCCCGCGGAUAGCAUAGCGGAAUCCCCCACUACACCUGCUCCGACUACACCUACUCCUAAUGGCAUUAACCACGCGUCCGGACCCCUUGGUUCGACAGCAUGGCAAUCUCCAGCCUUUCUAGGGCGGUCUCGAGCUUCGUAUCGUUUCACCGAUCCCGCCAUUGAUCCUUUUGUGGAAGAAGAUGGGACCGUCCCUGGGAAAGGAAGGAAACGACCGAGGUUCAGUAUGCGAAGCAACGAAUGGCGUGUGAUCGAUGAACCGGAGAGCCCUAGCGACAAGGAUUUACCAGAGGAUUGGAUGGCUAUAUUCGAUGAAGAGUUGGCAGGCGGGCCGGAUGUUGGGGAUGAAGCCGUUGCCCAAGAUACUGAGGAUAACGCGAUCCAGCCCUCCUCAGGACCUGUUCCGGAAAGUGUCUCAGCUGUAGAUACCGAUGUCCCCAUGGAGGAUGUUCGACCGGAUACCUCAGUUUCAGUACCACGUCAACUUCCUGAUCAGGCAAGAGACGACAUCCAGUUUAUCCGCCCUGGCUUUGCUCCGAGCAACAUUCCUGCGCCCACCAAGCAGGGCGAUUUAGACCACGGCCUCCAUCUCCCAACAGACACUCCUCGCCUCCACCCAAUUCCGUCUCCUGGACUCCCACUCCCGUCUCCGAUUACUACAACAUCGAAUACCCCAGUCGGCUAUUUUACAACAGCGAUUGAUAUUGCCGCCGCGGCCGAAUCCGUUAUACCUGCUGAACCCGCGCCCGUUGGAACUUCCGAACCAGAUACCCCUCCUCCUCCGCCGGAAGACCUGACCGAUGGCGAGCCGAUACAUGUAUAUGAGGAUGAUGCGGUGACUGUAUACACCGACGACGUCCAAAUUGUUCCCGACUCCGCGGCAGAGUCUAGCCCUCAACCGGGUGACAGGGUGGCUACAAGUGUGGUUUUAGAGGAAGAAGAAGAAAGUGAAGUGGAAGAGACAUCAGAACAUGCCGGGUUAGUGGUUGCAGAGACUGACGAAGCUGAGGCUCGAAUAGAGGCCUCAGGCUCUGAAUUGGAGGAAGAUUCCGAAAGCGAGCAGAGCGAAGGGGCAGAGCGCAUUGAUUCUCAAAGGUCAGGGCGGGGGAGAUAUCGGACGAGUACUGAACGAUUACCGGAACGACUGGAUCAAGAACCAGGAGACAGAAGUGAUGGAAUUUCUGCGACAGGGAGCGACAAUGAGGAAGUUGAUACAGAGCGUAAACGAGUACCCAAACAAGAGAGCCCCCACCUUGUCGAAAGCCAGACGCCUUCGCCAAAGGAAAGCAAAGAUGUAUCUGAGGAGCGUGACGAUUUUGGUGCGUACGAUGAAGGGGAUGGAAUGAGCUACUACGAUGAGGAUGCAAGUGACCAGGGUUCGUACGAAGAAGACUACGAGGACGACGAACAAGAAGGUCGGUACAGGGGCGCAUACGACUACUCGGAGUCUGAGGUUGAGUCAGAAUACGAAGAGCAACCUCCCGCACGAUUUCCUCCGAAAAAUGCAGAACCAGAAAUUAUUGUUCUAGACAGUGACAGUGAGGAUGAGUUAGCUGCUCCGCGCCCAGUUGAACCAACUAGUCGGGAGGCGGAAGAACACUCAGAUGAGGGCUCAUAUGACUCCGAGUAUCAAAGACAAUUGGAGGGAGAAGUACCUUAUGAAGAAGAUGUAUACAGCGAUGAGAUCGAAGAGGAUGAGUAUGAGUAUGCUUAUGGCCGAGAAGCAGAUGAUGCUGUCAAUGAAGAUUUAGAAAGCGGGAUUGGAGAUGGAGAGGAUGAUCAGCCUAUGGUAGAUGAGCGAUUUGAACAUGGUUGGCGUCCUGAGGAAGACCGAGUGGACGAAGACGCGCAUGACCAUGGUCUCGCAGAGCAUAAAAUCGAAGAAUCCCAGCAACAUCUCGACAUGGGAACGGGAGCACUACCUGCUGAACCGCCGUUGUACCCCCAGCAGAUUUUAGCAUCCAACGAGUCCAUGGGGUCGCAUGAAUACCUUGAAGAUUUCCAGCCGGCCCCCGACUACUCACAUGGGCCAAACCAUGACUCUCUUGAUUACCUCGCCACAGUGUCGGAAUCCGCUGAACGCAUCCAUGCUACUGCCGAACCUGCUCAUUCUGCCCAUGAUAUGGCGAUUGAUCCUAGUCUAUACGAGCUUAGGGAGCCACAAUACAGCACGGCGGUGGAUGGAGAUGUGCAGACCUAUUCAAUGGGGCACCCAGCUGAUAGUAAUACGGAAGCCCGCGAAGAGACACCCGAAAUCAUACACGAGAGACACCUGGCGCUCCGACUGGACGGUGCCGCACCGUCGGGAGCUGCUACGUCCACUGAGGAACCUUCGUCCAUGCCCAUUCGUCAAGAAAGUGUGCAAUUGGUGACUCCGGGACCUUCUCAGCCGGUUCAAGCUGACCAAAUCGGUGCUGGCCAAAUUGAAAUUUUGGAUGAAAUGUUACCAACUCCAAACUUAACCCAGGAAGCCCUAACGAAACUGGAAACUGAACAGCCACCGCACACUCCAGAAGGAGUUAAAGAGUCAUUUGACGUUUCAGAAAACCGAGGUGCUUCGCCCACCGUGGCUGUCAAGUCAGAGAAUGCUCCUGAUACCAUAAAACUUGAAGAAAACGAACGUGCGCCGUUCGAGAAUGUCUCCGGUGUUGCGAUACCCGCGUCGCCUGAUGAAGACCAAAAGCUGCAAGCCAGCAUCGAGGUUGAUCAGCAGUUUGAGGAUUCCAUCAGAGGGGCGGAUGAUGUUUCAGUAGACCGCCAUUAUCCCGGCCUGCGAAGCAAACUCUCCUAUUUUGCACCUCUCGCCACGCUUAUUGACCAUUACAACGCACUGGUGGACACCAUCUCCGUUGCUGCUGAAGUUGGACCCCCAGUCAAAGCAGCAACAGGAAAGAAGGAAUUUAUCUUGAACCUCCAACUUACUGACCAAUCCAUGGCCGGCACAACCGUCUUCGCUCAAAUACUAAGACCGUACAAGUCGGCCUUACCAUCACUCCGAGAAGGCGACGCUAUCCUCCUCCGAAACUUCCGCGUGAAAACCCUCGACCACUCCGUCAUACUCGUUAGUGACAGUACCAGCGCGUGGGCUGUUUUCUCUCCGUCCUCCGAAGACGCAGAGAUGACCGGCCCGCCUGUUGAGUAUGGUGCCGAAGAAAAAGAAUUCGCUACCGACCUGCGCCAAUGGUACGUAGAAGACGGGUUGGCCAUGGUAGCGGAUAACCAACUGCAGGCAUCCGUGGGCAGGGAAAGCGACAUCGAAACACCGACUAGUAGCGCUGCACAAAGCGAUGCCGAAAGUAUUGAUUUGGCUUUACGUGAGGGAAGAGGAGAUACGUCAUCUAGUCGAGGUUCGAGGCGGAGAAAGUCCCAUCGACGGAUCACGAUCCAUGAAUUGAGAGAUGGCAGGCGGUAUACGGAGGUUGGGUCUUCGCCUGGGAAUAGCAGCAUUCAUGAACUUCGGGAUGGGACGGUUUAUGCAAAUAUGUGA